AAAGUGGAGGAGCCAACUAUUAAGCGACGUCACCGUAGAGAACUCUAUCACAAAGUGGAAACAAUUAUGAACAACAAACCUCUCCUCCACCACAACACGCGCUCUUCGAAAUGUUAUGGCAUUGCACCCUUCGACUCGCAUUAUUGGAUUAUCGCUUAAUCGCAAUAAAUGUAUUGAUUUACGAUUUAAUUGCAUCGGAAAUUGUAAACGUAAAUGCGCACAUUGUUAUGGCGACCACUGGCAUGACGGAAUUUGACAAAUCAGCAGCAAUGCAGACAACAGACGCAACAACAACAACGAAAGUAGCAGGAGAAGGAAGCGAAGAGCAGCAGCGAGAUGCUUCGAAAUUUUCUAUUUCCAGAAGGUCAACAGCAGGAAUGAGCAACGACGACGACCCAGCUGAGCUGGCACAUUUCGCACACAAGCCGAUGCGUGGCAGUGGCGAAGCGGGUGGCAACAACAAUUUGAGUACCAGAAAUAUUAGAUUUGCGUUGAUGGCAAAUGAAAACAGCAACAACUAUGCCAGCGAUCAACAAAUAGCUGCAGCAAGGCCAUUUGAUAUGAUCGGGGUGAUGAUGACGAUGACGAUGACGAUGACGAUGACUGACAAUUGCAGCCGUUUCACCAACAUUCACAUCAACGUUAUGCCAACAAUAAAUGAGAGCGUUGACAAUUUUCGAAAUGACAAAAGGCAAAUCGCAUCAGCAGCAGUGGUUGGGCAAAAUAAUAUGAAAGCCGUGACAGGCGUACUUGUAACCACAGCACGAACUGCAGCAGCAGCAACAACAAUGGCAGCUAAAGAGCCUGCAACAACAAAAGCGGCAAAGGUGAAAGCAGUUGCAAGGCAGUCAGCAAUAAAAGCAAAAGUCAUAACAGCAAUAAAAUCGGCAGCGACACAAUUUACGGCAUUGACUGCAGCAGCGCCAGCGACACGUGAAGCAGCAUUGACAUCAACGGCAGUAGCAGCAACGCCAACAUUGCCAGCAGUCAGCACACAUGGAACCACUGCAGGACCAGCGCCAAGAACAAGCACAUCUAAAGCUUCCACAACAAUGUCGAAGUUGCCAAUAACAACAACGUCAACUCCAACAACAACGCGUGCAGCACCAUGGUGGCCAGCAUUGCACGGUCAUGAUUUAUUAUCGCCAACAAAUGGGAUGCCAAAUUGUCGAGUAACGUCUGUGAUGUUUGCGUGUGUAGAAAAAUGCCAAGCGACAACAAAUAACAAUGCAACACCACCAACAACUGCAACAUCAAUGGCAUUUGUUAAACCAUCAGAAGCCAUCAAAUCAUCAGCAACAGCAACGGCAACGGCAGCAUCAUCACCGUCAUCAUCACUACCAUCAUCGCCAACCACAUCAGCAUUAACCACCAAGAUGCAGGAGGCACCCACGACAGCAGCAAAGGCGACAACUACAACAACAACAGCAAAAAUACAUGCAGCAACAACAAACGCUAACCAGCAAUCUUGGUCAACAACACAUGUCACAAGCGCUGGUGGCGUAAAAUUGUCGCCAUCAACCAACGAAAACAACUCAAUGACAUUUAAAGCGUACAGCAACAAAACAAAGUUUGCAACAACAACAAUAAUAACAACUACUCCCAAGCGAGAAAAAAUUCCAUCGAAGCAUCAAGCUGGUCGCACUUUUCCAGUGCCUGCAGCACCAGUGGAGUCAACCCCUUCAACUAGACCAACCAAUUUAACAAGUACGCUAGCAACAGCAACAACAACAACAACUUCAAAUAUAGUAACAACGUCAACAAAAAGUGCAAUAGCAAAGUCAACUAGCACAUUGCAGUUGCACUGGCAACGCAUUCUAUCGCGUCGAAAACGUUAUCUGGCCUUUCCGGAGGGAGCAUCGUUUUCCGUCUCAAUGUGCAUCACAGUCGGCAUAAUCGGCAAUCCUAGAUACAAUUAUAUGAGUUACGGCCUUAAUUGGGGUGUCUCCUACGACCUACCCAAUGCUACUUGGGUACUGAAUCAACUGCAUGGCCUGACCCGGCGUCCGACGCCUAUGGCUGUGGUGCAUAGGCGCAGCAAACGAGCACUUUAUGAGCGUAUCGGGGAAGCUGUGCAAAACAUGGGCUACAACGGACGCGAUUGUGUGCUGCGUGCGCUUUGCGAAAGUCGUCAAUAUUUUACGCGCAAUAAAAUGGGAAUGAUUGGUGAGAUGUUGCGCGUUGUCUUCAGCUUGCCAAAGCAACGUUUAUUUACGCGUGAGUUGCGGGAGAAUUCCGAGAUUGGAGUCUAUGAUCACGCUUAUCGUAAAGCACGCUCAGUGGAUUGCGUAACCCAUUAUGACUGCCCGUUUUCGUUGCUCGAAUUGGCAUUUGGUAGAUAUGCCAAGCCGCCUACAGAUUAUUAUGAAAAAAUCGGCAUGUGAAAGAGGACGCAACAAGCCAAAAUGGAAGCAAUAGUUUGGUAUUGGAGGAAGUUAUGAAAUUUCUAUUGAAAAAUAAAUAUGU